UGAGAAAGACAGCUUAAAAAAUUUGACAAAGGACCCGUUUUCUUCUUCUCCAUUCCGUUGCCUCAGUCUCCUCAUCUGCGGUAUAGGGAUCUUCAACAAGCUUUCAACUUUUAAGAGUUCCGAGUAGCAGUAACUACACCAAGAUGGAAGUAAACACCGAAAGAUAUGGUGAAAUUUACGGUGUUGACAUAUCCGCAAUAAAAGAAGCACAAGUCCGCAUCAGUCCAUUUAUACACACUACUCCAGUCCUAUCAUCGGAAACUCUGAAUUCUACUGCUGGAAGAAAACUUUACUUUAAAUGUGAAUGUUUUCAGAAAGGUGGAGCUUUUAAAUUUAGAGGUGCCUCCAAUGCUGUCCUUUCGCUCGAUAAUGACCAGGCAGCUAAAGGGGUUGUAACCCAUAGCAGUGGAAACCAUGCAGCUGCACUUUCUUUGGCUGCAAAAUUACGUGGCAUCCCAGCUUAUAUAAUUAUACCAAAGAAUGCUCCAAAUUGCAAGGUUGAGAAUGUCAGGCGCUAUGGUGGUCAUAUCAUACGGAGUGAGGCUACCAUGCAGUCUAGAGAAGAGACUGCAAGCAGGGUAUUGCAGGAGACUGGCGCAGUUCUUCUUCACCCAUAUAAUGACAAGCGUAUCAUAAGUGGCCAGGGUACCAUAUCACUGGAGCUCCUUAAGCAAGCACCACUAAUUGACACUAUAAUUGUUCCUAUAAGUGGCGGUGGCCUGAUAUCAGGAGUGGCAUUAGCGGCUAAGUCCAUCAAUCCAAAUAUACGAAUUUUUGCUGCUGAACCCAGAGGAGCAAAUGAUGCAGCUCAAUCCAAAAAAGCUGGUAGAAUUAUAACUUUGCCUGAAACAAACACCAUAGCUGAUGGUCUUCGAGCUUCUCUUGGAGAUCUUACGUGGCCUAUUGUUCGAGAUUUGGUUGACGAUAUCAUAGUUGUGGAGGAUAAGGAAAUAAUACAAGCCAUGCGACUUUGUUAUGAAAUUCUCAAGGUUGCAGUAGAGCCUAGUGGAGCCAUCGGUCUAGCAGCCGUUCUAUCCGAUAGUUUUAAAGGCAAUCCUGCUUGGAAGGACUGCCACCAUAUUGGAAUUGUUCUUUCCGGGGGAAAUGUUGACCUAGGCACUCUCUGGGAUUCUCUCUGUUGAUGAGUCGACCAAGAAGUUCCAGUUCUUUUAGAAAGAAAGCCUUUAUCAAUUAAUUUGUCCUUUUUUAAAACUUUUCUCCUCGAUGCUUAGCAAAAUAGAUUAUCCUUCUGCUAUAGAUGUGUCAUAACUCUUAAGAUCUUGUAUAAACAGAAUAUUUGAUGUCUAGAGUGAUUAUAAUUGACAAACAGAUUCUUAUAACCAAUUCAAAAUCUUUUCAUCUGCUA